AUGGCCGCAUCUACAGGGAUCGCGCUGCUAGGCGCUGGCAUUUUUGCAAAGGAAGCACACCUCCCAGCCCUCGCCGUCUUGGGCGACGUGGCUCCCCCGCUACGCGCGGUCUACUCCCGCUCAGAGAAAAGCGCCCACGAUCUCGCUGCCGCGGCCGCAGUAGCCUUGAAGUUGUCUGAGUCUCCUUCUGUGUAUCACGACACCGGAGGAGAUGCGUCGUCCAAUCUGGACGCCCUCCUUGCGCGGCCGGACAUAACGGCGGUCAUUGUCGUCCUUCCUAUUACAUUGCAGCCGUCCAUCGUCCUCAAAGCUCUCGCAGCAGGCAAGCACGUUAUUAGCGAGAAGCCUGUCGCCCCGGAUGUGAAGCAGGGCCUCGAUCUAAUCUAUACAUACAACCAGCAGUACAAGCCCAAGGGCCUCGUCUGGCGGGUCGCAGAGAACUUCGAGGCAGAGCCCGGGUAUAGGAAAGCUGGCGAAAUUGUGCGCUCCGGAAAAAUUGGGGAGGUCAAGUUCUUCAAGGCCGUCGUGGUCAAUCACAUUGACAAGGACUCGAAGUGGUACAAAUCGCCUUGGCGGACAAUCCCCGAUUAUCAAGGAGGGUUUCUGCUCGACGGUGGUGUCCACACCAUCGCCGCGCUUCGUGUGAUGCUCCCACACCCACUGACCCACCUCUCCGGGUUCGCUUCCCUCGCCAAAGACUACCUCGCACCACACGACACCAUCCACGCCAUCGUCAAAGCCGCUGAUCACUUCCACGGGACCGCAGAGUUCACCUGGGCCUCGCCGACGAAAGCCCGCCCGCAAGCGGACGGCUUCGUGAUCACCGGGACCGACGGGUGGGUCGCGGUGAACAUGGAGUGGGCGCCGACACCCCGGGUCAUUGUGAAGGUGAGAAGCUUGGUAAAGGUGGAAGGAAAGUCGGAUGAGGAGCACGAGGAGGUGCUGGAGCUGCCGUCGUCGGGAGUUGCAGCAGAGCUGGGAAGCUUUUUUGGUACGAUUGGGGGCAAAGAUGAUGGGCUUGGGCUGGGAGACCCGCUGAAGGCGCUUGGGGACGUUGCGUUCAUCCAGGCUGCGCUGAACAGUGAUGGGCAACUUGUGGAUUUGAACAAGCUCCUCCAGGAGGGUUAG